CUCUUGGAGUUCAGAGGCCUCUACUGACCUCUGUCCAACCUCUCCCUCUCUGUACCCAAGCCCCCACUGGUACAUACAGGAGCAGAGGCAGGCAAGGGCUAGGAAAGAGGAGAGGAGGCUAGAGACAAGCUGCCAGAGGGCGAAGAAGCCCAGUGCACCUCACUGUCCCAACUCUGUCCACCUGCGGCUGUGGCCACAGCAACAAAAGAGACAGCAAGACGGGAAGUGAGGUCCGGUACCUUUUGGACAGUAGUGUCAUUAGCUGUGACACCUAAGAUGUCUCGACAGAUGGGAGAGCUCACCCAAACGAGGUUGCAGAAGAUCUGGAUUCCACACAGCAGUGGCAGCAGCGGGCUGCAACGGAGGAGGGGCUCAUCCAUACCCCAGUUUACGAAUUCCCCCACAAUGGUGAUUAUGGUGGGUUUACCAGCUCGAGGAAAGACUUACAUCUCUACGAAGCUCACCCGGUAUCUCAACUGGAUAGGAACACCAACUAAAGUGUUUAAUUUAGGCCAGUAUCGGCGAGAGGCAGUUAGCUACAAGAACUAUGAAUUCUUUCUUCCAGACAACAUGGAGGCCCUACUUAUAAGGAAGCAGUGUGCCCUGGCAGCCCUGAAGGAUGUUCAUGACUAUCUCAGCCGUGAGGAAGGUCAUGUUGCGGUUUUUGAUGCUACCAACACUACCAGAGAACGACGGUCACUGAUAUUGCAGUUUGCUAAAGAACAUGGUUACAAGGUGUUUUUCAUUGAGUCCAUCUGUAAUGACCCUGGCAUCAUUGCAGAAAACAUCAGGCAAGUGAAACUUGGCAGCCCUGAUUACAUAGACUGUGACCGGGAAAAGGUUCUGGAAGAUUUUCUAAAAAGAAUUGAAUGCUAUGAGGUCAACUACCAACCCUUGGAUGAUGAACUGGACAGCCAUCUGUCCUACAUCAAGAUCUUCGACGUGGGCACGCGUUACAUGGUGAACCGAGUGCAGGACCACAUCCAGAGCCGCACAGUCUACUAUCUCAUGAACAUCCAUGUCACACCCCGCUCUAUCUACCUAUGCCGGCACGGUGAGAGUGAACUCAACCUCAGAGGCCGCAUCGGAGGUGACUCUGGCCUCUCAGCUCGGGGCAAGCAGUAUGCAUAUGCCCUGGCCAACUUCAUUCAGUCCCAGGGCAUCAGCUCCCUGAAGGUGUGGACCAGCCACAUGAAGAGGACUAUCCAGACAGCUGAGGCCCUGGGUGUCCCCUAUGAGCAGUGGAAGGCCCUGAACGAGAUUGAUGCGGGUGUCUGUGAGGAGAUGACCUAUGAAGAAAUCCAGGAACACUACCCUGAAGAAUUUGCACUACGAGACCAAGAUAAAUAUCGCUACCGAUAUCCCAAGGGAGAGUCCUAUGAGGAUCUGGUUCAGCGUCUGGAGCCAGUUAUAAUGGAGCUAGAACGGCAGGAAAAUGUACUGGUGAUCUGCCACCAGGCUGUCAUGCGGUGCCUCCUGGCCUACUUCCUGGAUAAGAGCUCAGAUGAGCUGCCAUAUCUCAAGUGCCCUUUGCACACUGUGCUCAAACUCACACCUGUGGCUUACGGCUGCAAAGUGGAGUCCAUCUACCUGAACGUGGAGGCUGUGAACACACACCGGGAGAAGCCUGAGAAUGUGGACAUCACCCGAGAACCUGAGGAAGCCCUGGACACCGUCCCUGCCCACUACUGAGUCCUUCCCAGAAGGUCAAACUGCCUCUUUCCUCACUGUCUUCCACCUUUAAGAACAGCUAUCCUUGCUCUUCUCCUACCCUAAGAAAACUUUGGACUUGGCCUUACUGGGAAAUCUCUGUUUCCAGUGAAGAAGUCCUCAGCAGCUCCAAAGCAGGUCUUGACUUCAAGCUACAACCAAGGAGCUAUCUAGCUCUGGAUGAAACUAUUUUUCUUAAUUUUUAUUCACUUAUCAAUAAAAACUUCUUUUAUUGCCUAUAAAGGGGGAGAGUAAGUCAUUGUGAGGCUUCUCCCACAGGAUCAAGAUCCUGACCCUGUGAAGUGGCUCUGUUGCUGUGGGGUGUGGCUUUGGUGAGCGUUUUCUGAAAGGAAGGGUUUUGGGGUAGCACCUCUAAAAGUGAGGGGGGAGAUAGUUCUCUGUGACUGCCUAUGGGCCUUGUUUUUUAGUGGGCAGCAUGGCUGGGAGCAUGACACCAUCAUACCUAUACUCCGAGAAGAAGCUGUACUUGGACAACAGUGCUCCUCUCUUCACCAUCUCUUGCUGCCAUCCUGAGUGAUAUCACUGUCCAUAUAAAUAAUCCAAAUAAUACCUUGGCCUCCAAGUCUCCUGGCCCCAUCAAUUUCACUGAUCACCCGCUCCAUGGAUGUUGGCAUCAUUUAGACUUCUCCCUACUGUAACUUCUUAAAUACAAGCAUCCCACUAUCUUACUGCUGACACCUUCUCCUUACAACUUUCUGUGUCAUCCACAGGAUACCUAGCAGCGUGCCUCCCACACAGUAUGCAUGCAUGUAGUAUUUCUGGGCAGUUACCAGCAACCCAGUGUUGAAAAGACAGACUCAUACACUCUCUGCCUUUGUUCCUUUGUCCUUCUAUCACAACCACCAGCAAGACCCAAACCUUGAAUAAUCGACAUUGCCUUUUUUUGUUGGAAUCUACUACAGGGUUUCUGACCACUGAUUGAAGGAAAUCUACAUUUAUAUGCUUCCACAGCCAUCCUUAAAUCCUGUUCAAAGUGAGGCGCACACUCUUUUUUCUGGUACUCUAUCCCAUCCCACUUUCUCAGCGAUGAGCUACUUCAGUCAAUUCCUGACUAUUCCUUAUCUAUGUUCUGUCCUUUUCUAUUGGCUUUUGCUCCCAGUCUAUGCAACAUGCUCAGGUCUCUCUCCUAUCCCAAUAAAACCCUCCCUUGUUCCUGUGUCCACCUCUACCUACCUCCUUAUCCCUCUAUUCUUACACAAACAUCUCAAAAUGAUUUUAUACAUACUUUCCAGAACCCUCACUUUCUGCCUUCUGUUCCAGGCUUUCCCUUUCCUUAUCUUUGUUCACGCUAUUAUCUGCUUGUCUGCCAUGCUUCCCCAGGUCUCUAUCCCACUGAAGUCACACUUGCCUUGUAGCCUAAAGCUGGAGCCCACCUUCCCAGAAGAGCUAUGCUGAUCUCUAGCUCUUCCAUGAACCCAAAAUGUCACUCACAACAAACUACACACAAUAAAAGAAAAACACUCCGAUUAAUUUUGUAAAUUUAAUGUAACUUUGAUAGUAAAAUAUGACAGCACAUAAAA